GGCAACAGAAAGGCAUCACAAAUUCAACUGACGAAUUUGUUGUGGCAUCUUUGACCAAAAUAAGCAUAAACAUGGAAAAAAUCGAAGUAAAUUGUGAUUUCUGUUUUCAAAAUGAGCAAAAUGGGCAGAUCAGUCCGAUCGAAGACGUAACUUCUGCCGUACGAAGUAUUAUUGAAAAUCACUUUUGGUUUCCGGCUAACGAGAUCAACAAUUUACACAUUUGUCCUGUAUGCCAUGGCAGGCUGUUAGAUUUUAAUGAUUUCUAUUGCCAAGUGGAGAGAGUUUACAAACUGCGCUUGAAGCAAAUUGCUACAGAAAACGGAUCAACCAAUGCGAGUGAUGCUGAGGUACAUGAAAUAAUAACGGCGGAUAUAAUUGAAGUUAAGCUCGAAAAUCCACCCGAUCAGUUUUCUGACGACGAAAGUGAUGAUGCAAAUAACAAAGAAUUUAUCAAUGGAUCUUCGGAAAAGGACCCAAAAAUUACCCAUACAAUCAGAUAUAACUAUGAUACCAGCCAAAGGAAACGGAAGCGAAAUGCAGUUUCGGACGAAGAAGUACUUUUAUUCUGUAAAUUGGAGUGCCAUGUAUGCUCAGAAAACUUCAACACAUUUAAUAGGUUGAUGCGUCAUUGUAAGGAGGCUCACAGUCAGCAAGGUUACGUGGUUUGUUGUGAUCAAGAAUUCAACAGAGUAAGUCGACUAAAGAGUCACAUUCAAACUCACAUAAAUCCGGAGGCUUUUCAGUGUUCAGAAUGCAAGAAAAAUUUCGCAUCCAAUGAUAGUCUUCAACACCACAAAAUCAGUGUACAUGCUCCCUUAGAUGAGAGACAGUAUGAAUGUGACAUAUGUCUAAAAAAGUUUGCAAAACGCAAUUUUCUUACCACUCAUAAGCUGAAUCACGAUAGAAAAGAGUAUCGAUGCGAAAUAUGUAAAAAAAAAUUUACGACGAAGGGAUCGUUAAAAACUCACUUGAAAACCAUACACGAGAUAUCACGUAGCUUUAUGUGCUAUAUCUGCUCUAAAGUUUUCAAAUACCAAAGCGCACUUAAGGCUCAUAUUAAUGCUCAUCUAGCCGAGCAUGUAGAAAAUAAACGUCUUCCUUGUACUAUUUGUGGACAGUUUUUGAAAAACAACGACUGUAUGAAAAAGCACAUGCAAAGACACACGGAGGCAUCAAUGAUCAUUACCUGUGACAUCUGCGGCAAACGAUCUCCCACUACUCGCGCUCUGAAGAAGCAUAUUCAAGAGCAACACAUUGAUCAACCUACUCAUCAAUGUACAAUGUGUGAUAAAAGUUUCAAAAGACCGAUUGCUUUAAGGGAACACAUUGCUACCCACACCGGCGAGAUGUUGUAUUCCUGUGAGUUUUGCGACGAAGAAUUCAACAAUUCAGGAAACAUUAGCUCCCACCGCAAGAAAGUUCACCCACAGGAAUGGCAAGAAUACCAACGAAGGAAACCCAUUUUCAGUGGUAAUCCCAAAGUGAGCCAAAAUAUUGAUUGGAGAAAGUAUGCAUCGGGUGUAAGUGACGCCAUCGACUUAACGGAAGAACUGCCUCCGGAGGCAGAGUAUAGUUUCAUUUCCGGGACGAUAGUGGAAUGUGCAAUCGGGGCACAGAUCAGACGAAACGAAAACUCGACGAUCCUGAAAAGACCUCCUACUCCGUGGUGGGACGAGAGAGUUUACAAACUGCGCUUGAAGAAAAUUGCUACAGAAAACGGAUCAACCAAUGCGAUUGAUGAUGAGGUACAUGAAAUAAUAACGGCGGAUAUACUUGAAGUUAAGCUCGAAACUCCACCCCGUAAAUUUUCUGACGACGAAAGUGAUGGUGCAAAUGACAAAGAAUUUAUCAAUGAAUCUUCGGAAAAGGAAUCGAAAAAUAAAUCUACAACCAGAUACAACCGUGAUACCAGCAAAAGGACACGAAAGCGAAAUGCAGUUUCGGACGAAGAAGUACUUUUAUUCUCUAAGCAUGAAGACAAUCAACGUCUUCCUUGUACGAUUUGUGGACAGUUUAUGAAAAACAACAACUGCAUGAAGAAGCACAUGAAAAGACACAUGGAGGCAUCAAUGACUAUCACCUGUGACAUAUGCGGCAAACGAUCUCCCACUACACGCGCUCUGAAGAAGCAUAUUCAAGAGCAACACAUUGAUCAACCAACUCAUCAAUGUACGAUGUGUGAUAAAAGCUUCAAACGACCGAUUGCUUUAAGGGAACACAUGGCUACUCACACCGGCGAAAUGCUGUAUUCCUGUGAGUUUUGCGACGAGAAAUUCAACAAUUCAGGAAACAUUAGCUCCCACCGCAAGAAAGUUCACCCACAGGAAUGGCAAGAAUACCAACGAAGAAAACCCAUUUUCAGUGGUAAUCCCAAAACUCGCAUCAACAGGCAUCAACCUUCGCUUGGGAGAAAUUGGCAAAAGGAAGGCAUCCCAAAUUCAAGUGACGAAUUUGUUUUGGCAUCUUUGACUAAAAUAAGCAUAAACAUGGAAAAAAUCGAAGUAAAUUGUGAUUUUUGUUUUCAAUAUGAGCAAACUGGGCAGAUCAGUUCCAUCGAAGAUGUUACAUCUGCCGUACGAAGUAUUAUUGAAAACCACUUUUGGUUUCCGGCCAGCGAGAUCAACAAUUUACACGUUUGCCCGGUAUGCCAUGGCAGAUUGUUAGAUUUCUAUGAUUUCUAUUGUCAAGUGGAGAGAGUUCACAAACUGCGCUUGAAGAAAAUUGCUACAGAAAACGGAUCAACCAAUGCGAGUGAUGCUGAGGUACAUGAAAAAAUAACGGCGGAUGAAAUUGAAGUUAAGCUCGAAGCUCCAUCCGAUCAAUAUUCUGACGACGAUAGUGAUUAUGCAAAUGAAAGUGAUAAUACAAAUGACAAAGAAAUUAUCAAUGAAUCUUCGGAAAAGGACUCAAAAAAUAAACCUACUACUGGUGAUACCAGCAAACGGAAACGCAAGCCAAAUGCAAUUUCUGACGAAGAAGUACUAUUUUUCUGUAAAUUUGAGUGUCAUGUAUGCUCAGAAAACUUCAACACAUUUAAUAGAUUAAUGCGUCAUUGUAAGGAGGAUCACAGUCAACAAGGUUACGUGGUUUGUUGUGAUCAAGAAUUCAACCGAAUAAGACGACUAAAGUAUCACAUUCGAACUCACAUAAAUCCGGAGGCUUUUCAGUGCUCAGAAUGCAAGAAAAAUUUCGCUUCCGAAGAAAGUCUUCAACAUCAUAAAAUCAGUGUACAUGCUCCCUUAGAUGAGAGACAGUUUGAAUGUGACAUAUGUCUAAAAAAGUUUGCAACACGCAAUUUUCUUACCACUCAUAGGUUGAUUCACCAAAGUAAAGAGUUUCCUUGCGAAAUAUGUAACAAAAAAUUGACGACGAAGGGAUCGUUGAAAACUCAUAUGAAAACCAUACACGAGAUAUCACGUGGCUUUAUGUGCGAUAUCUGCUCUAAACUUUUCAAAACUAAAAGCACACUUAAUGCUCAUCUAGCCAAGCAUGAAGACAACGAACGUCUUCCUUGUACUAUUUGUGGACAGUUUAUGAAAAACAACAACUGCAUGAGGAAGCACAUGCAAAGGCACACCGAGGCAUCAAUGACUAUCACCUGUCACAUAUGCGGCAAACGAUCUCCCACUACUCGCGCUCUGAAGAAGCAUAUUCAAGAACAACACAUUGAUCAACCUACUCAUCAAUGUACCAUGUGUGAUAAAAGUUUCAAACGACCGAUUGCUUUAAGGGAACACAUUGCUACCCACACCGGUGAGAUGCUGUAUUCCUGUGAGUUUUGCGACAAAAAAUUCAACAAUUCAGCAAAUAUUAGCUCUCACCGCAAGAAAGCACACCCACAGGAAUGGCAAGAAUACCAACGAAGAAAACCCAUUUUCAGUGGUAAUUCUAAAGUAAGUCAAGAAUGAACAAAAAGCUCAAGAAAUAAAUGGAUAUUUGAUUAUAAGUUUCGUUUGACAAUCGUAAUAUGUGUUAGAAAAAAGCGCAAAUUAGCCAAUAAGAAGUAAGUCUACUUGAGAUAUUCUAUAAACUUCUUUUGUUGCUGUGAGGCAAACCGCUGUCCUAUCGUAGCUCGUAUCAUCUUAUAUGGUCUUCUAAUGAAAUGUUUGAAAAUAUACCUAUAAAUCAGCGUGAAAUCGCCUUAAACGUAUUUUACGUUCUUUUCAACUGGCAGCGCAUGAUGAGUUGUGUCGGUGGCUCCACUCGACUAUCCCUAAGGUAAUCUUUAAACCCUGAUUUAAUAAAUUGAACCUGAGCCGGGUUUUUUAUUCAUAUGUUUUCCCGUCUCAUGUGUAAUCAUUAUUCCGUAGACACGGUAUCCUAUCGUUUUGACAUUGCUGGGAGCAAUGUGUGUGGUUGCAGCCAAGGUUACCAUGACAUCGAGCAUAUUGUUUGGUCGUGUGAGGUCCACCUUGUCGCUAGAAGGAAUUUCAUAGACUCCCUUCGGGCCCGAGGAAAACCACCCUAUGUUCCAGUGAGAGAUGUGCUGGCCGUGAUAGAUUUGGACUACAUGCUCGAAAUAUACCUUUCUCUAAAAGCUAUUGCUGGAUUGGUCAAGAGGAUGGUGGGUUUCAUUGCAACCUAGAAAGCAGCUUUUGUAAUCAAAACUUAACAUUAAAUGAGAUAGACCGUGAUAGACCGGCAAUCUAGCAAUCUGUCAUUUGGAUGUCAGCGAUUUGUCAAGCGGCUUUUCAGCGCAUAGAAGGUUCAAAAUAUUCCCUGAGAGGCUGAAUAGCAUUCUCUUCAGCCAUUGAAAUGAACUUUAAAGUCUACUUAAGAACUUAAAUUUCGGGCUGAGGAGCAUUCUCUUCAAACAGAAACGAGAUGAAGAAUUCUGAUUACUUGGGUAGUGUAAUGGAAACAAACGCCUGGUGAAACUCGUAACUUAGAACUGAGUUCUUAUUUG